AUGACAUUCUCUUUCUUUUCUUUCUUUCUUUUCCUCUCCAUAUUGUUUCCUCUUUUCUUUCUUUCUUUCUUCUAUCCUUUUUUUCUUUAUUUUUCUUUUGUCUCUAUUAUGUAUUUCUUGCUCUUUUUUUCUUCCUUUCUUUCUUUCUUUGUCUCUAUUAUGUAUGACUUUUUUUUUCUUUCUUUCUUUCUUUCUUUCUUUCUUUCUUUCUUUCUUUCUUCCUUCCUUUCUAUCUUUAUUUCUUUUGUCUCUAUUAUCCUUGAUCUUUCUUUCUUUGUCUCUAUUAUGUAUGCCUUGUUCUUUCUUUCUUUCUAUCUUUAUUUCUUUUGUCUCUAUUAUGUAUGCAUUGUUCUUUCUUUCUUUCUUUCUUUCUAUCUUUCUUUCUUUUUUCUCUAUUAUGUAAGCCUUGAUCUUUCUUUCUUUGUCUCUAUUAUGUAUGCCUUGUUCUUUCUUUCUUUCUUUCUUUAUUUCUUUUGUCUCUAUUAUGUAUGCAUUGUUCUUUCUUUCUUUCUUUCUUUAUAUCUUUCUUUCUUUUUUCUCUAUUAUGUAAGCCUUGAUCUUUCUUUCUUCCUUUCUUUCUUCCUUUCUUUCUUUUGUCUCUAUUAUGUAUGCCUUGUUCUUUCUUUCUUUUUCUUUCUUUUGUCUCUAUUAUGUAUGCCUUGUUUUUUUUUUCUUUCUUCCUUUCUUUCUUUCUUUCUUUCUUUCUUUCUUUUGUCUCUAUUAUUUCUUUAUUUCUUUUUCUUUCUUUCUUUCUUUCUUUCUUUCUUUCUUUCUUUCUUUCUUUCUUUCGCAUAUCGUUUGUAUUUUCCUCUCUCUCUUUUCUUUCUUUCUUAUGUCACUUUUGUUUUUCUUUCUUUACCACUUUUUUCUAUUCUUUUCAAUCCAGCUACUAUCUCCAUACUCUCUUCUCUCUCCACAUAUCUCCUUCAAUACCUCUCCAUCACCCCUCCCUCCUAUCUCUUUCUCUCUCUCUCUGUCUGGCUGUCUGAAACAAUCACUUUAUCCCAGUAUAUCUAUAUCGACAGCUUUUACCGACGAGGAAGAGGCUCAAAAAUUGCCAUUUUUUCAUUAAUUUUCAUUCAAAUAUAUUCUCUUUAA